AUGGAAGACAUCUUCUUCGUUCCAUUCAAAACUGACAGCUUAUCUGUCAAUCAUAAAAGUAACCUCAAUCGGUAAGUCGUAUAUUUUUCGAAACAUUACCAGAAGUAUAUUUUUCGAAACAUUACCAGAAGCCAGUAAAAUUUAUCAGAAUUCUUUUUUUGUCAAUGAAUCUCUCAGCGGAAUGUCAAAAACAGUUUAUUGAUUUUACAAAUAUUUUUUUUUAAUUUUUGCAGAAAAUAAAAAUGUUUUGGAGUUACCGAGCUUUAUAUUUAUGUUCUUCUUGUUUUGUUUCGAUUGGGUAGUAUAUAUUAAGACGUUCUUUUUAUUUUUAGGCGGUAAUUGUUGAUAAUAUUGUUUUAGAGUGUUUCACCUCCAAAGUUCACCUAAUUUGUAUCAUAAAAAUGUGAUAAUUGAAGAUAACCCAAAGAAAGUUGACGAAAAGUGGACCCAUUGGUUAUGUUGUGCUUUUACUACCGGUUGUAUUACCGAAUUUGGUCGAUUAAUGGCGAGAGCGAUUUGGAAUUUGUUUUGA